CCUCAUCAUCAACCAAUCCUAACUCUGCUUCCAGCCACGUGGGCUCUUUCUGCGUGGUGGGGGUGACCCAAGCUCCACCUCUUGUUCAUCUUACCUCCCAGGACUGUAUGUCAAUGUCCCUCCUCUAGGAUUUCCUUCGUCUUCUAGAUCAUCACCUUCCCACUCUCAGCUCUCAUCACAGCAGUGGUUGGUCGUCUACCUCCCCUAUAGACUGGAAGCUUCGUUCGGGCCGUGGGCUUGGCUGUCCUGCUCACCACGGUGUCCAUGCCUUGGGCUCAGAUGUUUCACAAGAGUUUGUUGAAUGAAUGUGGGAAAAGGAUGGACAGGGGAUAGACAGGUGUGGAGGGCAGGCAGACACGGAUCCUGAAAGAGACACACAGACCGAACCUGCAGUGGGAGGGGUCGCCAACAGGACCGACUGGCCGGGGCGGAGGGCAGGGCCACGGCUGGCGCGCGCGAGGGGGUACGAGCAGUCGGCGCGGGAGAGCUGGGCGCUCUCCAGGCUGCGCCUCCGCAGGGGGCGCCCGUGGCCCGGGGCGUGGCCUCGCGCAGCCCCGCCCUCCUCGCCGGCGCCAGGGCAGGCGGGCGGCUGGCAGCUGUGGCGCCGACAUGGCUGCGCUGGUGGAGCCGCUGGGGUUGGAGCGGGGCUUCGGCCGUCCUCCCCGGACUGCGCGCUCGGCCUCACUCCGCCGCUCUCCUUGCUUCUCUGCGUCUCGGGGUUUCUGACACUCGGGGUAUCUGCGCCCCGCCCCCGCCCCGCAGACGUGUCCCGGGCGGUUGAGCUCCUCGAGCGGCUCCAGCGCAGCGGGGAGCUGCCCCCGCAGAAGCUGCAGGCCCUCCAGCGAGUCCUGCAGAGCCGCUUCUGCUCCGCUAUCCGAGAGGUGUAUGAGCAGCUUUAUGACACGCUGGACAUCACCGGCAGCGCCGAGAUCCGAGCCCAUGCCACAGCCAAGGCCACAGUGGCUGCCUUCACAGCCAGCGAGGGCCACGCACAUCCCAGGGUAGUGGAGCUACCCAAGACGGAUGAGGGCCUAGGCUUCAACAUCAUGGGUGGCAAAGAGCAAAACUCGCCCAUCUACAUCUCCCGGGUCAUCCCAGGGGGUGUGGCUGACCGCCAUGGAGGCCUCAAGCGUGGGGAUCAACUGUUGUCGGUGAACGGUGUGAGCGUUGAGGGUGAGCAGCAUGAGAAGGCGGUGGAGCUGCUGAAGGCGGCCCAGGGCUCGGUGAAGCUGGUUGUCCGUUACACGCCGCGAGUGCUGGAGGAGAUGGAGGCCCGGUUCGAGAAGAUGCGCUCUGCCCGCCGGCGCCAACAGCAUCAGAGCUACUCGUCCUUGGAGUCUCGAGGUUGAAACCACAGAUCUGGACGUUCACCUGCACUCUCUUCCUGUACAGUAUUUAUUGUCCCUGGCACUUUAUUUAAAGAUAUUUGACCCUCA